AGGAGGAGGAAGGCGGGGGAGGCGGGCAGCCUUUUUGGGGGAGGCGGCGAGGAGCUCCCCCACUUGCGAAUAAGACCCGCGCCGCGCCGCCGGAGGAGACUUCCUUCGCCGGGCAGGAAUGGCCAAGCCGGAGCACGUGAAAUAAACAAGCGGCUCCCGGAGGCUUUUCCGUCCGAGAGGCCAACAUGAUUCCGCCCAGCGACGCGACACAAGUCAGCCCGGAGGACGUGGAGAAGGAGCGCGACCCGGAGAGCCCCGAGCAGCCGCCUUCGCCUGCCUCCACCACCAGCCAGGAAUCCAAGCUCCAGAAACUGAAACGAUCGCUGUCUUUCAAGACCAAAAGUUUACGGAGUAAAAGUGCAGACAACUUUUUCCAGCGGACAAACAGUGACAUGAAGUUGCAGGUAGAUUUGCUAUCAGAAAUCAGCCCCAGAACUGGCCAGCUCUCAGCCUCUGAAAGUCAGACAUCUACUCCCACCAUAGUCCAACACCAACAGGAAAGCAACAAGACUCACAUUUUCCAGGAGCACAUAUUCAAAAAACCUACGUUCUGUGACAUCUGCAACCACAUGAUUGUAGGGACAAACGCUAAACAUGGACUGCGCUGCAAGGCAUGCAAGCUGAGCAUUCACCACAGAUGUGCAGAGAGCAUUGGACAGCAACGCUGCAUGGGCAAACUGCCCAAAGGCUUUCGCCGCUACUACAGCUCUCCGCUACUCAUUCACGAGCAAUUUGGCUGCAUCAAAGAAGUAAUGCCUAUUGCUUGUGGCAAUAAGGUUGACCCCGUCUAUGAAACACUUCGCUUUGGAACUUCCUUAGCCCAAAAAAUGAAGAAAGGCAGUUCUGGGAGCAGCUCAGAUUCACCAAAAAGGAACUCAACAUCGGAUUUGGCAGAGGUUCCCGAGGAAGGUGAUAGUCCUGGAAGCGUAUUGGACGUAAACAGGAAACGCAGCAAUAGUGGUACGUGGAAAGCUCAGGUGUUCAGUGGCCCCCAAACAAUCUUCAAACCAAGGGAAAAUUCCAUUCUUUGUCUGCAGAUCUGUAUUACUUCAGAAAAGGAACACGACGGCUUUAUCAAAGUAUGCAGUGGAAAGAAAAAGGGCUUUGUCCCCGUAGAUGCCCUAGAAAACAUCUGAGUUUCCCCUGUUCAACCACUGCAGUUGUGAUGCUUUGCUGGCAAGACCUGCCUGCCUCAUCUUGCACUGUGUAACCCCCAACGAAGCUGUCUUGCAGAUGACCAAGGAAAUCAUAUGACAACCACAAUGCUCAGUUGAUAUCAGACAUUUAAGCAACAAGAGAUGGUUGGUCAACAACAAUCAGGAAUGGAGCCAGACAAGAGUGGUACGAGGCUUAGGAAAGGAAUAGCUUGUUUACUUUUUAAAAUAAGUGAAAAGUUAAACUGGAUAAUUUUUUUGAGCAAGGCUGCUAACUAUUACACUGAUGGGAACAGAGAACUAAACUUAGAUUUGCACCCUGUUCACAUGUCUUAAGAAAACUGUUUGGGACUUCUUUCUCAUUUGAAGUGUGAUUGAAUGAGUAACGGUUCAGACCUUUUCCUUGUAUUACUACAGCUUGAAGUAUAUAGUGUGAGUCUGGUCCUAAAAUGUUGUCCAUGAUUUUAGCGAAUCGGCAUAAUGUUUGGUUCUGACUUUUUUCAGUUUCAGUAACAAGGCAGUUUGGAUGAAUUGUAGAGCUGUUGGUUUAGGAAACAGUCUGUGGUCUGGACUUCUCUGUGAUUUUUGAUAUAUGUUGCUGUGGCGAUCUUGUACGUCCUUUGGGUUCUUGUAUACAAGCAAAGAUUUUAGCACAUGUUGGAUGUAAAUGUUUAAACAGCUGAUGAACAAGCACUGUUUCCCCAAAGCAGGCCUAGUCCAAAAUAGUCUUUCCUUUUCCUUCUGUAGGAAAGAGGCAGGUCUCAAUAACAAGAAACUGGGUUGCAGAAUUUUUCUAUUUUUCUGAUAUUGUUUGAGCAUAUUUUUUAAUAUAUAUGUGUAUAUAGCAUGUUCCUGUUUAUAUGGUUAACCAAUUUCAUUUCACAACAGGGGGAAAACAGAUUCUAGCUGACAAAAAACAAUGAGUGGAAUAAAAACAUACUGAGCUAAUACAUUUGUGAACAAAAGCAACCAAAUUCAAAAGACCAAAGGUGUUAGCAGUUCACCUUGAAGCACAUGCCAGAAACAAUCCAACGUACAGUUAGGCACAUUUCAGCUUAUUGACUUACAAGACUUACAAGCACACCUAGUUUGGGAAUCUGGCCACAGAUGGAAACCGCAGCUAUAAAACCAGAAUUUCACCCACUGUUUCAAAUUGUGGUUCAACGAGCAAUCUAGUCAGACGUUCUGUCUGCAUCAAGGAAUCAUCCUUGAGGCUGUGCAGAAUGUAUGGGCCUGUGCAGAAAUUACAAGGUACACAAGAAUUCAGAGACUUAAGUAACAAGGAAUCUAUUGUUGCCCAACAUUUACUGUUUUAAGAGUUCCAAGCCCCUCUCCUUCUUCUUAUAAAUCAACUAUCUAGAAAUUCCCCUUUGAACAAGUUUUACCAGCAUGUUUAAAACGUGCACACAGUCUCAAAGGCAAUAUAAACAUAAGGGAAGGAAAAGAAGGCGGUGAGAGUUACACUUGUAAAGGAUGAAAGGGUUGCAGACAAUGGCGAUUUCCCCUUAGCCAAUUGACCUUGGUAUCGUGUAUGACAGCUCCACAGAAAAUCAUGUGCCGCCCUUAAAACACUUCAGCUCUUUGGCUGAAGAACAGGGUUGGCUAACCUGAGGCCUAGGAGAUAUUGCUGGAUUGCAAAUCCCAUUAUCUCUGACCACCAACUCUGCUGGCUGGGGCUGAUGGGAGUUGGAGUCCAAGAACUUCUGGCAGUUAGCCACAGGUUAGCCACCCCUGCUGAAGAAAAACAACAACUCCACAGUUGUGCACUUUUGAAAACUGCUUAGCUGGCAGCUCUUAAGCAAGAAGCACGUAGCUGUAUUCCAGUACCUCUAAGUACAUCUGUUCAACCUUCACCUCUUGCCUUGCACUCCAAUCUGUGGCUGAAACCCAGUGCGUAUUUGCUACCAGAGAUGGUGCAGCUGGGACGUUCAUGGCCACUUUUUUUGUACUUAGCAAAGGGCUCCUGUGUCUAGCAUAUACUCAACUCUGCAUCCCGAUCCUGCAGUUACAUUUGCCGACAUGGAAAUGCUGAAUGUGUGCAUGGCUCAUCCGUACAACAGGAGCCAUAUGUGGGCUUAUAGGUCCAUGUAUAUAUCUGAGUAGCUUGAAGAAGUUUGCCUGUUACUGUAUGGAGUAGAAUUGGACACUGAUGACAACCAUUCCAUCCAUUUUCUAGCUCUUGAACAUGUAAAUAGGUAAAGCCAUCCCCCAAAAGAGAAGGGGGAUUCAGCUUCAUAUCUUUUAAUAUAUAUACUAUAUAUAUAUAUAUUUGCGAUUCCUUUCCCCCCCCUUUUUUUUUUUUUUGCAUAGGAAAACCAGGCAACUUAAAAUGUAAUCCUAUGCAUGUCUGCUCAGAAGUUAAGUCUCACUGAGUUCAAUGAGGUUUACUCCCAGGUAAGUGGCUAUGGGAUUGCAGCCUUAGUGUUAGGAAACAAAAGUCCCUUAUAACAAAGGGGAAGGACAGCAGACACAUUAUCGACACAGCCUCUUUUAUGUCAUGGCUUUAUUUGACAUUUACUGAUCUGAGCAAAGUGGGGUCCUGCAAUGCCUGCCGAAAAAUCAAACUCAGUGCUAUAGUUAGUGUCUUCUGAUCCGCAAAGACUAGGUCAAAUUAUACAUCCAUCCAUACAUGCUACUGUUUACUUGAAUGCAACAUACUGUGAUUCUGUCCUGUUUCAGUGGCUUCUGUUAAUUUCAAGUUCCUCCUUCAAUCCUGCUUCAUAGGGUAAAGAUGAAUAUUACUUUCAGUUCACAAUGGCCUUUAAUCAACGUCUCAUUUCUUUUGAUACUAAGCAAUAAAAUAAAGAUUUUUUUGUAAGAAAAAAA